CAUUGAUAAAAAGGGGGUCUCUCUCGGAUAUGGUGGAGUAGGCUACAUCGGGGCGGCUUGGAAACCACCUGGUUUGGAAUAACCCGAUGGAAAUUGGAGGACGGGGGCCUUGCGAAGUCCGUCUCGAGGAGGUUUUCAUGGAGCGUUGAGAUUAUUAUUAUGUGGUGGCUUGCCUUAAUGAUGUUUACAUCUCCGGCUUUCCCAUUCAUCGUGUUUGUGUGCAUGGGGUUAUCCGAGGCGGUUCAUUCCUACGAUGCGCUGCCUUUAGUAAUAAGGAAAUCUCGUUCAAUCGCCGAAGAGCAUCCUAAUACGAGCGCGAACGGGUUUCCAGGGUACCGGCUCGGCAUUGUCGCAUUAACACCAGCGCCCACGAUCGCGUCCGCCAGAAAACCGAUAAAUGUCGCCGCACCAGCAGCCACCAUUAAACCACCAACAACGGAGCCCACCACCCCAUCUCUGUCUAAUCCCAGCUACAUGGCCGCAUUUGCUCGGAGGAAGAUCAGCUCUGUUGAAACACAGAUGAAAGAAUCGCAGAUGUCUGAUAAUAAAGCGGAAAGAUCGGGCGUCGUGCCCGACUUUAGCACAACCUCUGACAAUUCUCAAGAGCUGGUGUGUAACUGCAGUGGUGAAGGAGUGUCGGACCCUGACGAGUGUGACCAUGAGACGGGUCAGUGUGACUGUAUGCCGGGUUACACUGGGCUGCAGUGUGAAGAGUGUGAUGCGGUCGCUUCCUGGCUGCAUGUGAUGGUCAUGAUCGCUGCAUCUCGUGCCUGGGCUUACAGCACGCUGAAGCAGCGCUCAUGGAUGAGUCAUGAAAACAUCGAAGUCUUUCACUUUGAAAGCAUCAGGCGAGGUUUAGAGCAGCCCAGUUCCACGGUUGUCAUGGAUGUGAAGGAUGCAGGCAGGAGAAUGAUGCUGGCAUCUCCAUGCUCAGGGCUGUGUAAGUGCAAGACAGGUGUAUACGGGCCCAAGUGUGACGACUGCCACCCUGGAUUCUUUCACUUCAGCAGCACAGGAUGCCAACCGUGCCAAUGCAACAACCACUCUACCUACUGCCACCCUCAGUCAGGUAUUUGUUUGGACUGUCAGGACAAGACUCAGGGCCACAACUGUGAGGAGUGUCUGCCCAACUUCUACCGGCGUCAUGGUGAGGGGUCCGUGGACACCUGUCUGCCUUGUCCCUGUUCCUCCGAGAGCUCCAGCAGCAGCUGCCAUCUCGAUUCCAGUGGACGACCUGUAUGUGACCAAUGUAAGCCUGGCUUCUCCGGCCCGACAUGCAACGUGUGCACAGACGGUUUAUUUAAAUCCUCAGGCGUGUGUGUGCCCUGCGACUGUAAUGGGAACGCCGACCCUCGCUCCAUGCCACAAAUCUGCCACCCUGAGACUGGCCACUGCCACCGCUGCAUCAACCACACAGCGGGAGCACACUGUGAGAUCUGCACUCGUGGAUACACGGGGGACGCCCGCUACCACAACUGCACCCUGAGAGCUGUGAGAAUCCUCCCGACUCAGGACAUCAAGACCUCCACUGCAGAAAUCCCCAAAUCCACAAGUUCUAUUGCUUCUACACCUGCAUCCCGCCUCCUCACUUCCUCCUCCUCCCCUACCACCCACCCAAGCCUACCGACCCUUCAGUCCGACACGGGAGACUCCUCAGGACACAACAGCACGGCCUCUGCCCUGACAGUAGUGUCCUGGACGCAGUUUAACAUCAUCAUCCUGGCCGUCAUCAUCGUGGUGGUCGUUCUCCUCAUGGGCUUCGUCGGAGGCGUGUAUACGUAUCGUGAGUACCGCAAUAGGAAACUCAACGCCCCGUUUUGGACCAUUGAGCUGAAGGAAGACAACAUCAGCUUCAGCAGCUACCACGACAGCAUCCCGCACGCCGACCCCAAUGGACUCUUGGAGGAGGAGCCAUGUGUGGUCGCGGCCAAUGGACAGUUAGCGCUCGCCACUGCCGCCAACAUGUACAAAGCGUGAAGUCGUCAGUAUGAUUGUAUCUUUUCUUAAAGGGAUAGUUCAGCCAAAAAUGGACAUUCUGUUAUGAUUUUCUCAUUCUCAUGUCCUUCCAAACCUGACUUUCUUUUUUUAAUUGGAACGUAAAAGAAGAUAUUUUGAAGACACUAAAAAUAAGUGGAGUCCGAAACAAAAUUGGGCCAAUUUCAAUGACCUUUUUAGCAUUCCACUGAAGAAACAAAAUCAUGCAAGUUUGGGAUGAUAUUAGAGGGAUAGUU